CACCGAUCCGCGUAUGGCCAUGCGCCUGGGACGAUUUCUUCCAUCCCCCCCCUCGUUUGCGUUUUUGAUAUUACCGUUCGUACAGCCGACCUUCCGCCUCUCAUUAUUACCAUUCCCUUCCCACUCCCAUUUGUGUUUCGCAUGUUUGGGCCCUGGACAAACAUGUAAUUAUGCUCUCGCCACGGAAUCACGAAAAAGAUCAGACGCACGCGUACGUCAACCCAGAGGUCCCGCUGAAUCUGGGCCUGUGGUUUCUGUAUGCGGGCGCUACAUUCUUCCUCGCGCUGCGCGUAUGGAUCAAGGUCACGAGGCGACACGGCCUGUGGUGGGAUGACUGGAUCUUGCUGGUAACUUGGAUCAUCCUCUCCAUCAACAACAGUCUCAUCACCCUCGAGUAUGCGACUGGAUAUGUUGUCGACAAGUGGGACGACCGCAUGCAGAUUCUCAUCAACGUGACUUCCUGCGGCACCCUGAUCGGGCAGGCCCUGAGUAAAACAGCCUUUGCUGUGACAUUAUUGAAGCUCACUAAAGGCUGGCCCCGAUGGAUUCUCUGGUUCUGUAUCGUCACCAUGAACGCCUACAUGAUCACCAAGUGUUUCUUCCAAUGGGCGAGGAUCAUCGACAAGCCAAGCUACGAUGUCUGGUACAGACUGCCGUUUUACCUGGACUGGACUUUCCGUGAGAACUUCAAGGAGGGCGGCAAUGUGUACAACAUCAUCAUGGACUUCACUAUGGCCACCUUCCCCUGGCUCAUCACCUGGAACCUGGAUAUGCGCAAAGUUGAAAAGGUCGGCCUCUGCAUGACCAUGAGUCUUGGAAUGAUCGUUGCCAUCAUCGCCGCAAUCCGCACAGGCUGGAAGGACGGCGGCAACCCCAAGGACGAGUGGUACUUCUGGCGCAACGCGCACUCAAAUGUGUGGUACUCCUCCGAAAUCGUUGGCACCAUCAUUGUCCAGUGCAUCCCGGUCCUUCGCCCUCUCAUCCGCGACAUUCACACCUCCCUCACCUCAAAAAAACUCGCAUCGCACGCCGACGGCACCCGUCGAAGCAAGAUGCCCACAGGUUACAUGGACGAAACCAACCACAAAGCAAAUGCCUUCUCUGACGCAAAGGACACCGUCAGCGACGAUUCGAGCCCAGACUCCUGGGACAACCAGGGCAUUUACACCAAAAAGGACUUCGAGCUUACCGCAGUCGAAGUCCAACGCAAUCCGCAGUCGAUGGUUUAGAUACACGAUUCAAUUCAAUUCAGUCAUUUUCUUACCUCGCACCAAAUCACUGCUUCGCGCUGAACCACACGACGCCCCCAAGCACCCACCAGCGUGCGUCGCCAC